UCUUUCAGAUUUAGAAUGUCGUCAUCAGUUGCUUCAACAUCGUUGCUUAAUCGUACAUCGAGAAACGUCCCAAUGUGCAGCUGUGGGAAUGAAGCUGUACUUAGAAUAUCAAAUACUCAAAAAAAUCCGGGGCGACCUUUCUUUGGGUGUCCACUCUACAACAAAGAGGGGUUACCACAGUGCAACUUUUUCAAGUGGUCUGAUAGUAGUGAAUACAAAGAGCAAGCUCUUGUAAAGAGAGAAGCAGAAGUAUUAAAGAAAGAGGAAGAACUUAAAAAGAGAGAAGCAGAAGUAUUAAGGCAAGAUGAAGAACUUAAAAAAAGAGAAGCAGAGUUCGAGAAGAGGGAGUUGGCACUCCAUAAUGAUCACGCCCAGUUUCGCAGUCAAGAAGCCGACAUGCUACAUGCACGCAAACUAUUUCUUGUACUUUGGCUAAUAGCCAUAGUUAUUUACUUAUAUUUGAUACUGUCACUGCGUUGACGAGUUUGUAUUUGUAUUUUAUAGAAACUUAGCGUUUGUAAGUCGAGACUUUCAAAUUAUGUAUUUGAGACGUUAUUCUGAUU